GAAGCUUCCUUGUGACCUUGUGGCUGAAGCCUUAUGCUACAUACUUGGAGGUACCAACAGAGCUAAGGUAAUCCGGCAUCUCUAAGAUCAGUCCGCCUCAUUACAUAAAGACCAAACCACUAAGGAGUAGCCACUAAAAGAUUAUCAAGACAAUCCCUAAAACUACGUGUACCCUCUAAACCCGAAUAAUACAUACUCGAAGCUAUUCGCAGAUCUACAGACAGCUUCCUAACACUUACCAUCCAACUGACUACUACUCAUAUCGGUAGCAGCAACGGCCGCAAUGGCAGACGCCCGAGCCCUGCUUCGCGCUCACCGCGCCGAGAACCGUAUCAAACAUCCUCAUGCCGCAUACUCGGAUGCCGGGAAACUAUUAUGCAAGUUAUGUCACGAGCCCGUAAAAUCAGAGGCCUUAUGGGAAAGUCACAUCCGAAGCCCGAGCCAUAGAAAAAGAGCACAAGCACUACAGAGCAACCUCCCCGAGCAACCACAGGCGGUAUCUUCGACCGACGGGGCUAACGGCAAGCGGAAACACGACGACGUGGAUGAGGGCAUGUCCGACGCAGACGGCGACGCGGAAGAGGCAAUACGGAAGAAGCGUAGCAAGCCCGACCUAGCCUUAUCCACGAGCAACGGCGGUGAGAAGAGGCUGUCGCCCUCAGAGCUAUCGAGACGGACUUCACAUCCGCCCGUGCAGGGAGUCGAGGUCGCGAUACCGUCGCGACCCGCCACGCCAGCAGCCGGUUCCAACUCCGCGACCUCGACGCCUAAGGGCGCUCCCGUCGGCCGCUCACCGCUCAUCGGCUCCGAGACCAUAUCUACAUCUACAUCCACGCCCUCGAAUCUCCCUAUCUCGACGCAAUCUCUCUCCGUACCAUCGUCCACAACCACAACCGCAACCACCGCCCCGCCACCAGCUCAACCAUCCAACGACGCCGUAGACGAAACCGAAUGGGCAGCUUUCGAAGCCGAGCUUGCCGCCGAGCCCGCGCCAACGUCCGGUCUACAAAGCUACUCCGCCGACGCCACGAUCUCAGCGCCAGCAAUGACCGCCGCUCAGAUCGCCGCUAAGUCGCAGGAAGAAGAGAACGAGCGGCGGAAGCACUUCGUAGACGCGCAAAUCGCCGACGAGCGGGAAGACGCGACGCGUGCGCUGGAGGCCGAAUUUGAAGAAAUGGAAGAACUAGAAGGGCGAGUACGACGGCUCAAGGAGCGUCGAGAGCAGCUGCGCAAGGGCGGCGUGGCGAAUCUCCGUGGUGGUCCCGCCGCGAAUGAUGACGUAGUCAUGGCUAAGAGCCCGGCGGACGACAAGGAGAAUAACGACUCCAGUAUACCCGAAGAAGAUGAAGAGGAGGAGGAUGACGAUGAUGAAUAUGAUGAUUGGGGCGCAUUUCGACUUCGGUAAGGGGGGAGCACGAAAUUAAGAAUUUGUAUAAGAGAGGGAUGAUGACGAGACAUAAUAAUAAUACUGGACCCGACUUCAGCUUGAUUAACAGGAAAAAAGGAGUACUACUUUGCAUAGAACCACGACGGCGUUAUUCUAACUAAGCUUUGUUAAUAAAAGGAAAGCGCAUAAGGGCUAAAUGAAUUCGAAAAAAAGGUGGGAGCAUUUAGUUGCAUUUAUCUGGGACCCAGCAUACAUAAUUGUUUCUUAUAUUGAUG